AUGAAGUCUCUUCUCUUCUUAUUUGUUGGCGUUGUUCACUUUUUAUCCCUGGGCUCUGAGAAAGCAACAUAUGGAGGUAAGGUCUCCCAGAAGAGUUUUCAGGAAAUAAAAGAAGAAAUAGCCAGCUAUGGAGACGUUGCUAAAGCCAUCAUCAACCUUGCUGUUUAUGGUAAAGCCCAGAACAGAUCCUACGAGAGAUUGGCACUCCUUGUUGACACCGUUGGGCCCAGAUUGAGUGGCUCAAAGAAUUUAGAAAAAGCCAUCCAAAUCAUGUACAAAAACCUACGAGAAGACGGGCUGGAGAAUGUUCACCUGGAACCAGUCAAAAUACCUCACUGGGAAAGGGGAGAAGAGUCAGCUGUGAUGUUGGAACCAAGAACUCACAAGAUGGCCAUUUUGGGUCUUGGCAGUAGUAUUGGGACCCCACCAGAAGGCAUUACGGCAGAAGCUCUGGUGGUGACCUCUUUCGAUGAACUGCAGAGAAGGGCUCCAGAAGCCAGAGGGAAGAUUGUUGUUUAUAACCAACCAUACAUCAACUACUCGAGCACCGUACUCUACCGCGUUCAAGGAGCAGUCCAGGCAGCCAAAGUGGGCGCGGUGGCCUCCCUCAUCCGAUCCGUAGCUUCCUUCUCCAUCUACAGCCCUCACACAGGUAUUCAGGAAUACCAGGAUGGUGUGCCCAAGAUCCCAACUGCCUGCAUUACAGUGGAAGAUGCAGAAAUGAUGUCAAGAAUGGCUUCUCAUGGAACCAGAAUCAUCAUUCAGCUGAAGAUGGGAGCAAAGAACUACCCAGAUGCUGACUCUUUCAACACUGUGGCUGAGAUCACUGGCAGCAAGUAUCCAGAGCAGGUUGUACUGGUCAGUGGACAUCUGGACAGCUGGGAUGUUGGGCAAGGUGCCAUGGAUGAUGGUGGUGGAGCCUUUAUAUCCUGGGAAGCACUAUCCCUUAUCAGAGAUCUGGGGUUGCGCCCAAAGAGGACUCUGCGCUUGGUGCUGUGGACUGCAGAGGAGCAGGGUGGCUUGGGUGCUCUCCAGUAUUACCAGUUGCACAAGGCAAAUAUUUCUAACUACAGCCUGGUGAUGGAGUCAGACUCGGGAACCUUUUUCCCUUCUGGCCUCCAAUUCACGGGCAGUGACAAGGCCAGGGCCAUCAUGGAGGAGAUCAUGCGCCUGCUGCAGCCUCUCAACAUCACACAGGUCUUUCCACAUGGGGAAGGCACAGACAUCAACUUCUGGAUCCAAGCUGGAGUGCCCGGCGCCAGUCUGCUUGACGACCUGUAUAAAUAUUUCUUCUUCCAUCACUCUCAUGGAGACACUAUGACAGUCAUGGAUCCAAAACAAAUGAAUGUUGCCACUGCUGUUUGGGCUGUUGUCUCUUAUGUUGUUGCGGACAUGGAAGAAAUGCUGCCCAGGUCCUAA